AUAUCAUAUUGAUGUAUUAUGUAUAAAUGUUUAAUGUUAUGUUUUUAUUAAAGAAUUUUUGUAAUAAAUAAUAACUCCAUUGUUCAUUACUACAUUUGGGCYUUAGAAAUCCAUUUAAAUAUAUUGUUUCACGUAUAUAGAUCAACACAAUAUCUUCCGAACAAUGAGCCCCAAUAUUGAAGUUGAACAUUUAGUGGAAAAAUCAAGGUUUCCAAAGACCAUAAAUGAAACACUAGGAAUAAUUGCUUAUUUUCCAUUUGGAGUUAUUCUAGUGGUUUUAAGAGUUUUUAUUGCAAUAAAUGCAAUACUUUUAACAGUGAUGUUGAGCAAUUACCCAAAUAUCCGCAGACCUCUUCUGAAAGUUAUGUCUGGUGUUCUUGGACUAAUUGUAGUUGAAAAAGAAAAUUCUUCAACUAAGAAAAGCAGAGUGUUGGUUUCAAAUUAUUUGUCUUUAUUUGAUCAUAUUGCGUUACAUUUGUCAACAGGAAGUUAUGCUCCAACAACUUUAUUUAGUACACCUGUGGCAUUGUAUUUUGGGUUAAUAUCUAUAUUGACUAAUGAUAAUAUUACAACGGAGAGAACUAUAUUGAAACAAUUUUUAGCUAAYGAUAAUAAUAAUUCUCUGCUCUUAUUCCCAGAAGGAGCUACUACUAAUGGAAAAUGUGCUUUACUUAGAUUUUCUAAUGUACCAGCUUUAAUAAGCGACAAUUUACAACCAGUAGCUUUAAGAAUUAUUCGACCAUCAUUUGCAAAUAUUAAUUUAUCAGUGCUCGGAUCCAAAUAUUUUACAGAAAUAUUAUGGUUUUUUUUUGUUCCAUUCACAAAAUUUGAAUACAAACUUCUCGAGGUAAUUAAAAAAUCUGAAGACGAGUCUAAUGAAACUUUCAUGUCCAGGGUGGAAAUAGCCAUUUCUCAAGAACUCAACAUAUCUACUUCAAAUAUUACUAAAAACGAUAAAAAUGAAUAUAAAAAGAAAUACUUUUUGGAGUUGGCAGAAAACGCUAGAAAGCGUAACAAACAUCAUGUAACUCUGGAUAAUUUUGAAGAGGAUCCUGAAAUAUUAAGAAUGGCUGUACAAGUUACUGAUGUUCUUCCAUACGUUCCCCAGAAUGUUGUCAUUGCUAACCUUAGGCGAACAAGAUGUGUUGAUAUAACAAUUACAAAUAUACUUGAUGGCACUAUUAAGUUUACUCCAUUGCCGCCACCACAGUCUUCCAAAGAACCAAAGACUACGCCCAAAAAAACAGAACCCAAUAAUUUUGGAGUUGGAUCAUUCAUGGAUAGGAAAGCAAAAUUGAUUGAUGAAGCUCGCCAACGAUACAUAAAAAAACAUGGACUUCAUCAUUUGGUACAGUGACUUAUACCAGUGUGUAAGUGAUGGCUAAAAGAGGACAACGGCGUACUUCAUCAGCAUCGUGGAAAUGUCCCAAUAAAUUAAUUUGAACGCUCUAUGUUUGAUUUUCUUUUUAAAUGUAUAUUUAUGGAAAUGGAGCAGGUACUUAUUGGAUAAUAUAAAACGUGUUAAUCCUUUGUACGAAUGUUAACGCGACUCUUAUUAAAUUAAUUACUACUAUAAUAUAGACAAUAUAUACCGGGUGAUUCUUUAAUCAUUGAACACUCAUUAUUUC